AUGCAUGAAAUUGUCACACUUCAGCUUGGCCAGCGAGCUAAUUAUCUAGCAACACAUUUCUGGAAUUUGCAGGAAUCAUAUUUUACAUAUGAUGGAGAACAGUCUGAUGUAGAUCACGAUGUCCACUUUCGACCAGGUAUUGGAGCAGAUGGCUCCGAGACCUAUACUCCACGCACAUUAAUCUAUGAUCUGAAGGGCGGAUUUGGAACAUUGCGCAGAUACAAUGCCCUUUACGAGCUGAGUGAAGACUCCAUAGCAGGUCAAGGCUUAUGGGAUGGGCCAGAGAUAGUCCAAAAGCAAGCGCCGAUUCAACAAAGUGAAUAUCAGAAAAGCUUGGAUCUGGGUACUCCAGCUCCUCGCCUGAGCUCAGAGUCCGUACGCUACUGGUCAGACUAUAACAGGGUGUACUACCAUCCCAGGUCCAUUGUCCAGCUAAAUGAAUACGAACUCAACUCCCAGACCAUGCCCUUUGAGGAUUGGAAUGUCGGGGAAGAGUUAUUCAAAAAUCUUGAUAAGGAACAUGACCUACUGGAUCGUGACGUGAGACCUCUCCUAGAAGAAUGUGAUCAGUUGAGGGCGCUGCAAUUGUUCUCCGGCUCAGAUGAUGCCUGGGGCGGAUUCACGGCCCGGUAUAUGGAAAGACUGAGAGAUGAGUUCGGAAAGAAAAGUAUUUGGGUCUGGGCUAUUGAGGACGGCACGAAAACACAGCGGCAUCACCAGUUCAAGAAGGAUACGAACAAGGCCAGAUCACUUUACUCGAUCUCCCCACUGGCAUCGCUCUAUUCUCCCGUUAUCGACGUUCCACAUAAGCUUCCCAGCUACCUCAACGUUGAUCGCCAAUCAGAAUGGCAGAAAACUGCACUGGUAGCAUCAGCUAUUGAAUCCGUCACACUGCCUUCUCGAUUGCGUCCAUAUCAACAUUUCGAGGCCUCUCUUGCCGGAGAAGAUGGGACGCACACCAUCUUCGAAUUGCAAUCUUCCAUCAACAAAAUCAAAAUCAAUGACGGUCAAACUAAAGCCUCUAAUGAAGAUGGGCCCACCAAAGCCGAGAUUGAAUUUGAUAUUGACUUUGCCUAUGACGGCGAGUACAAAAAGGGCUCUCAAAUCUUCAACCAAGUCCAAGUAACCCGCGGAGACGAACCGGAAAGGGAAAGCGAGUGCACAGAGAACAAUGACAUCGGGCACCUUCGCAAGCUCAGACGAUACAACUCAGAGUCGAUGUUCCAAAGUUUCCACACGCCACUCAGCAUGCCAAUUCUUGAUAGUUUCCCACACGACAUGUUCCCCACCCCGGAGACAGGUGGAUUAAAUGUGUUCACCGCAUUGACCGCCUCGACCCGGACAGCUCAGAGGAUCAAGGCUCUCUCGGCAACUGCCGCACGUCUGGUCUCAGUUGAUGAGCGAGAGAGCUUGGUGAACGGACUCGGCGAGAUUCGAGAGUACUAUGAGACGGGCUGGAGUAGUGGGUCGGACGACGAGGAUGACUAG